GUGACUCGGUGCGCACACAUCAUCUGGAUCGCGUGGCACCUCUUCAUUCAUUAAUCAUUCGCUAGUUAUAUAUUGCUAAGUGAUUUUCUUCCUCUCUGGAUUCAUUUAUUCUAUCGUUUAUGCAUUUAUUCAGUCGUUUAUUUAUUUAUUUUUUGUCUCGACAAAGGACGAAUUAUGGACAAGGUCUUUUGUUACAACCUCCUAAAGCGAUUUCUCAGAGGAAUGAGGAAGAAGCAAGGUGUCCUGGCGAUGGUCAUGACAACAGUGGCCGUGAUAAUCCUCGUCAUGGCAACCUUACCCUCGGCGCCGGUGACUGCUGACGACUACGAAAAUUUCUCCUACAGAUUCGUCCGCCUGUACAGCAACGUCAACCUCACCGACGCGACGGUGAACCCCAUCCCAGGCCUCGUCACGUGGCGCUACGACCUGUCACACAGAGUCAUAUGCAAUGGCACUGACCCUUUCAUGCUGAAUAUAGUGCCUUCUGCCAUCCCGCACUUCAAGCAGAGGACUUAUAUAAGGAAUACCUGGGCGGAUAAGGCACUGUAUCCGUACACCAAGAUGAGGACAGUAUUCGUGUUGGGGAAAACCCUGAAUGCAACUCUGCAAGAUUUGGUCGAGGAAGAGAUGCAGACAUACGAUGACAUCAUACAAAGCAAUUUUAUUGAUACUUACAGGAAUCUCACCUACAAAUCCAUAUCCUGGCUCUCCUGGGUACGGGACUGGUGCCCGGAGGUGCCCUUCGUAGUCAAGACAGACGACGACGUCUUGGUGAACCCGUUCCACCUGAAGACCUACCUGGCCAAAGAGCUCGAGAGAAAUGCGGCUCCGAGCGACAUCUACGGGAGAGUCCGGGGCAAGAACCGGCCGAUGAGGAAGGGCAAGUGGAACGUGACGAAGGAGGAGUACAAACUGACCUACUACCCGCCGUUCGUCCUCGGCCCCGCCUACAUCGUGAGUGGCAACGCCGUAGACCGCCUCCUGCAGUACGCCGCCCACACGCCCUUCCUGUGGCUCGAAGACGUCUAUAUCACCGGCCUCGUUGCUUCCGCCGCGAGCAUCAACCGCGUCCAGGUCGAGAGAACGCUGUACACCAAGAAACUGAACCGAGAGCUUUAUUCGCGCCAGACCGCCUUCCUCCUCGGCGCGAACGAGAAGGUGAAGAAGGUGGCGUGGACCAGCAUCGUCAGGAAUUCGCCCGUCAAGUUCGCCAGCAGGAGGAGGAGGAGAGGGAGUUAGGAGGUCCACAGAUGGCCGGGGUUUCAUGAGUUUUUAGGUUGAUUUAUUUAUUAUUGUGGACGUAUGUUAGUUUAGUUUUUUUUUAUGAUGUUCGUGUAGUAAAGUAAUUUUCCAAAAUA